AUGGACAAAAUUAAACGCGCGGCAGACAUCAUACAAGACCUGGAACGUCAUGGGCCAGCUGGCUUAAUACAUAUCGAUGUAUUAAGUAAUAUAAUUGAGAAACCCAUUCAGAUAUGGAAUGCUAAUGGUAGUUUAAAUAGAAUCAUUGGCAAGGGAAGAAGGGGACAGUCCAUAGACAUUGAAUAUCAUGCAGCCGAUUCAGGACAGAUAGGUCAGUUGUUAGCUAAAGAAGCUUCUGAAAAUCCGAUAUUCCACCCUUAUCACUCCUAUCUUAAUUUCCAUCCCAUCCACUUCCUCAAUCCUUCUCUAGGCCAUUGGACUUUAAAAUGCGGAAAAGAUCCCGACAACAUCCCCUUCGAUUUAAACAGCUGUCUCUUUUCGGUAAUUGGCUCUCAAAUUGGACGAAAUCCAUCAGAACUUCGUCAAUGGACCAUAUUAAAUCUGAAAAGCAACUUUUGGAAGUUUGCCGAUUGGAUAGACAAGAUCCUGAGAUUGUGGGAAAAUGGGGAGAUAAUCCUGAUGAUCGGUGGUGCUCGUUAUUGCGGCACCUCUCCCGAAGCUGCUAAAAUUAUCCUGGAUAGAUCGCAGGAUGAAUGGAGCCAUGGGUUUGAGAGGGGUCAUUUGGGUCAUUCCAGAGGACACGCAGUGUAUGCUUCUGGCUAUAGUAUCGUGGACUAUUCUCAAAACUCAAUGAAGACAGGUUUUCAAUCACGAGCUGAUCAGGAUUAUGUCACUCAUUUGGCCUUGAGUACAAGGAGAGCUCAGAAUGCGAUGAAAGCGCUCAAUGAUGGUAGCAUUUCAGAAGGCGUAAGAAUACCUUCUAGCAAUUUAAGAAAUUCGACAAAUUUGCCCCAAGUGGUAAGAUAUGAAAAUGGAAGACUGGUAGCACAAGGAGACAUGACAGAUGUGAUUCUGGUGUUGAGACAUCAGAGAGGCCAGUUCCGUAACCCGGACGCGGAUGUUUUUGUACAGACUUGUUAUCCUCUAAUGGCGUAGCUUACAAAGAAAAAAUAUAAAUUAGUCGAAUUAUACAUAGAGCAAUUGUUUAUUUCAUAGAAAAUCUUUCAACAGAUUUA